GACCGAAUCACUUUUCAAUAACUUUCCACUUGGUGUGCAUACGGGAAUAGCCUGAGAAUCGCGGGACGGGAGAAAGGUGAUCUAAGGUAUCUAUCGCUCCGUUUCAGUCUGACAGUGUUUAUUCCUAAAUGGCACCAAAAUCGUAUCGCAUCGUCGUGCUUCCCGGAGAUGGUAUCGGCCCGGAGGUUGUCGCGCAAGCAACUCGCGUCCUCGAAAUCAUUUCUGACGUCUCCCCCGAUCUGCAACUCAACCUAGAGCCCCAUGAUUUCGGUGGAUGUGCCAUCGAUAAGUAUGGCGAACCCUUGCCCGAGUCAACGUUGAAAGCGUGCCAGGAAGCUGACGCUAUCUUGAUGGGUUCCGUCGGUGGACCUAAGUGGGGCGCUGAUGCCAAAGUUCGUCCUGAACAAGGUCUUCUGGGUAUCCGCAAAGCCCUCGGUCUAUAUGCCAACAUCCGCCCUGCCAACUUCGCAUCGGACUCCCUCCUUGCCUACACCCCCCUGAAACCAGAAGUUGCGAAAGGUGUCGAUAUGAUUGUCAUCCGAGAGCUUAUCGGUGGCCUGUACUUUGGUCCUCGCAAAGAGCAGGGUGUGAGCCCAGACCCAGAUAGCGCCUACGACACCAUGCUUUACAGUGUUCCCGAAGUCCAAAGGAUUACCCGUGUUGCAGCGCAGAUCGCCCUCACAGCAAACCCUCCGCUUAUCAUUCACAACAUCGACAAAGCCAACGUCUUGGCAAGCUCAAGGUUAUGGAGGAGAGUGGUCGUCGAGACACUCGAGAAAGAAUAUCCUCAGCUCACCGUUGAUCACUAUCUGGUUGACACCGCCGCAAUGCUUAUCGUUGCUAGCCCCAAAAAGCUCAACGGUGUUGUUUUGACAGAGAACAUGUUUGGUGACAUUCUCUCAGAUGAAGUCAGUGUUAUUCCCGGCUCUCUAGGUCUCUUGCCUUCCGCAUCUCUAGCCGACGCACCUACCCUCCCAUCGUCAUCAUCAUUCAAGCCCACUUCAGGGCUUUACGAGCCCAUCCACGGCUCCGCUCCUGAUAUCGCUGGGAAAGGUAUCGCCAACCCUGUUGGAACCAUCCUCAGUGCGGCGAUGCUCCUGCGGUAUUCUCUCGGGCUUGAGAAAGAGGCACAAGCCGUGGAAGCGGCGGUCCGGAAAGUUCUCGAUGACGAGGCUAUUGGUGGAUUCGGUAUCAGAAGCGCAGACCUUGGUGGUAAAGCCACGACAAUUCAAAUCGGUGAUAAGGUCGUCGAAGUUUUGAAAGGGCUGUUGUAGGUUCAGUUUGUAAUUGCUGUGCAGUAUAAGAGGCCAAAGAAGUAACUGUACUUGUAUCACAAACGAAACAAUGUGAACUAGUUAUGUUGG